UUAUGUUUGGUUGGGCUGCUAUCUUGCUAUCUAAACCUGUAAAAUUUGCAACUACAUUAUAUUCUUACAAUGGCCCAAGCCCACAUAGGAGACUGCCGUGCCGUCCAGGAGUAGAGUUGAGAUUGUUCUCAAUUGUUGCGUGGCCGGCAAUCGUGUCAUUGCCGUUCGCUAUCAACUAAUAAUGCAAAUCGUUAUACGAAUACUAUAUUUGUCUGACGGUGCGAUUAUUUGAUUUGUUACGCAUUGUCUAGUUUCGCUUGUCCUAAAUAUGCUGAAAUAUAUAAGCCACGCGGCCACGCCACGGCUCUAGUGAUCAAAAAUAAAAAGCUGGAAGUUCCAUGUCUAUUAACUCUUCCAAAAUUCUCUGAAGAUUAUUGGGUUUUCCUUCUUUUCUUCACUUUUCCCUUAUCUCCACACGACUAAUCACAGUAACAGAGAUGUCUGAUUGGGGACCAGUUGUAAUAGCAGUUGUUCUGUUUGUGCUGUUGAGCCCUGGCCUUCUGUUCCAACUCCCAGGAAACAGCCGGGCCGUAGAGUUUGCCAACUUUCAGACAAGUGGACUCUCCAUUUUCAUACAUACACUUCUCUUUUUUGGCUUCAUUACCAUCUUCCUUAUUGCCAUUGGUGUCCAUAUUUACACCGGCUAGCUUGAAUUUAUCUCAUUUGCUAGUCACUUAGUUACCUUCUUUCAAUUAGCAUUUGCGAGCCAGUCCUUUCAAUUCUUGGUUUGCUAAGAGUUAGGCUUGUUAUGGCCUGGGGCUUUAAUCCUCUAUUACUGCAAGCCGAUGUUCUACAUAUGGCCAGUUCUUCCUAAGCAUUUUAAUUGUUCUGUUUUUCCUUCAUCCAUUUUACAGCAUUAAGCUCCAAUUCUGUAUUCAUUUAUAUAGGUCAUGGUGUGCUCUGAUACUCUUCAAUACUAGUACGAUAUUUUGUGUUUAAUUUUGUAUCCCAUUACAAUCAUAUGCUAUGCAAUUUGUUUGACUGCUUUAGCAAGAAAACACAAAGAUUAUCG